CUGCCCGGGUGGGGACACUAGGCGGCUGCAGACUGCAGCGGUCGGGAAAGGUCCGCAGUGCUGUGGCUGCUGGCUGACAGUGACUAGCUUCGAGAAGAGAUCAGUCCAGUAAGACAUCAGCAUCUCCUCCUUGAGGUCUUUGGAGGGCCUGUGUGCCAAGCACAUCUUGUGUGAAAGACAGGAGGCUGGGUGCUGGCUUGUGAUUUCUCCCACGGGCAGAGCCACCGUGGCAGUGCAUGCUGGACCAGGAUGAGCAUGUGGACCUUCCUGGGGAGACCUGAAUGCAUCCUGUGUCUGUCUUCAGCCUUAGGCGUGAUGGCUUUUCUCAGCAAUAACCAGUUACCCAGGCUUAAUCAAUCUCACUUGACUCCUUUGUGGCUGCUGACCCGAAGGGUAGGUCUGAAAGUCAAGGACUCACAAUUCACACUGGAAGGUUUUCCAUUCCGGAUCAUAUCUGGUACUAUAGACUACUUCCGGGUACCUAGACAGAACUGGAGACAAAGUUUGAGGAAGAUGCAGGCCUGUGGCUUCAACACUCUUACCACGCAUAUUCCUUGGAACCUCCAUGAGCCAACUAUGGGCCGGUUUCAAUUCAUUGAAAACAUGGACCUCGUAGCUUUUAUCACUAUGGCUUCAGAGACAGGACUCUGGGUCAUUCUGUGUCCAGGCCCCUACAUUGGUGGUGACGUAGACCUUGGAGGUUUGCCCAGCUGGUUGCUCAAGGAUCCGAAAAUGAAGCUGCGGACAACUUACAAGGGAUUUACUAAAGCAAUGAAUCGGUAUUUCAACAAUCUGAUUCCCAGGAUAGCAAAACUCCAGUAUAACAAAGGAGGCCCCAUCAUUGCCGUGCAGGUUGAGAAUGAAUAUGGCUCCUACUAUAUGGAUAAGAAAUACAUGGAGUAUGUGAAAACGGCUUUAGUGUCAAGAGGGAUCGAUGAGCUGCUCAUGACGGCAGAUGAUGGUGUGAGUCUCAGAAAGGGCCACUUGCAAAACGUGCUGGCCACUGUUCGCAUGAAGAAUAUAAAUAAAGAAACAUAUGAAGAUUUCAACUUCAUUCAGGGUGGAAGCCCUAUUCUGAUGACGGUAUAUACAACCAACUCUUUUGACACAUGGGGAGCUCUGCGCCAGCUUGGGGAUCCACAGAUGUUGAUGAAGGAUGUGCGUGAGAUCUUCAGCCUUGGGUUCUCCCUCAACUUCUACAUGUUCCAAGGUGGCACCAACUUUGGCUUAAUCGGUGGCGCUCAGUCUGCAGAGGGUUACACACCUGUGGUAACCAGCUAUGACUACUGUGCACUGAUAACAGAACAUGGAGACUACACACCCGAGUACCAGGAAUUUCAACGCUUUUUCCAUUCUGUUACAGAUUUUAGCCCGCUCACUCGACCAAAAGCUACACUGACGUUUGCCUAUCAACCACUAACAUUAUUAUAUUACAUGACCCUGUGGGAAGUCCUGCCCUAUCUGGCCAAGACAACCAAGUCUUCCAAGCCACUAUCCAUGGAGCAGCUGACAGUGAAUGGAAGGAGUGGUCAGUCCUUUGGGUACAUACUUUAUGAGACCACCAUCUUCAAUGGAGGCCUCCUCACAUCACGGGGUCAUAUUCAAGACCGGGCCCAGGUGUUUUUGGAUAAUGACUAUGUAGGACUCCUGGACCGCGCCAAUAAAGAGCUGCUGCUUUACAAAGAUCUCACCAAGAAAACCCAGACUCUGAGGAUCCUGGUGGAGAACCAAGGCCGACUCACUUCUGGGCAGGAUAUGAACAAGGAGAGAAAAGGUUUAACUGGAGACAUCUAUCUCGACAAGUCUCCACUAAGACCAUUUAAAAUCUACAGCCUGGAAAUGGGAAACGUAUUCGUACAAAGGGAAUUUCCCAAGUACUGGAAAACAGCGACAAGCCCUGUUAUAGGCCCUGCCUUUUUCCUCAGUUAUUUGAAAGCUGGAGAUCCUCCCCAGGAUACCUUCAUACAAGUAAAGGACUGGGGAAAAGGUGUCAUAGCCAUCAAUGGAAGGAGCCUAGGACGAUAUUGGAAUAUUGGCCCCCAGGAAACCAUCUUUGUCCCUGGCUCCUGGCUUCACCCUGGAGUUAAUACGAUUAUAAUGUUUGAGGAAUUGAAAGGUGGCUUAAAGAUCCGCUUCACAAGCAGGGCUCAACUAGGACAUUGAAUCUCAAGCGAUAUGAUGUAAGCUAGAAGACAGUCAGCUGAAUCACAUCUGCAGUGGUCCUGGGAGCAAUCCGUCAGUCCCGACCUAUAGGUCCAUCUACACUGGCUUCAUUCUCUACCCCAUGCCAGGCGUGGGUUCCACCAUCCACCUUCUCACUCGACAGCAAACCCAGCUUUUGACUCAUUAGCUUACCUGUUUCUGAUGCUCACGACGAAAUAGGCUUUACCCAUUCACUUUCUUUGUCACAUUUCUUCUGUUCAAAGCUCUUUGACGAGCAAAUAAAAUUUUGGGAAAAAUGCUCAGAAUAACUGGCAUUGCAAGUGCAAAUCCGAAAUGAAAACAAAUGUUUUCUAAGAAGUCAAAUAAAAUAGAAACUGCAGGCAAUGGCGGGGGUUAUCAUAUAUGUUUUCUUGAUUUAGAGUAAAAAACGUCAAUGGUG